GGUCGUCUCCCAUUGGUGGCGGAGACCAGAGGCGUGCGCAAGGUGGGGCCGUUACAGGCUGCUGCGCGCGCCGAGGGAGGGCGCAGGGCGUGGGACGGUGAUGAAGGGAGGCACGGAGAGGGGGAAGAUGGCUGCCCGGCAGUGGAGAUGUCAACUAUGCUGAGGUCUGCAUGUGUCCUAUAUUGAAGUCUGGCUCCACGACUACAUUUUGCUUCACUGUGAACUUAAUCUUUUCCUGUAUUUUACAACACUGUACGUUGUUGAGGUGCAUAUAUCUACUGGUCUUAAUAUUAAAGCAAUAGUUGAUUAUAAACCCUUCAAACUGACCUCUUGGCAUCUUAUUACUGUUUUAGAUUUGCUUCUACUGCUCAUUUUACAAUGGUUUAUUGCUCAGCUUUGAACUGUCAAAAUGCUACGAGUGGGGUAUAUAAGAACAGUACAGUUACUUUCUAUGGCUUUCCUUUACAUAACAAACCUCUCUUGAAGCAGUGGAUUCACAACAUGGGUCGGGAAAUGGGAACUCCAUCGAAACAUCAGCGACUAUGUUCUAAACAUUUUGAGGACAGUUCUUUUGAAAUUGAUCCUCUAAAAAUUAGGAAAAACCGGCGCCUACUGAAAGAAGCAGUUCCCAAAAAAUUCAUUUUGGGCGAAGACGGAAACUGGCUUGUUGGAACACCUCAAAGUUUCUGUGGUGGAAUAAGUAAUAAAACUCGAAAACGAAUCCGGAAUCCUGAACAUUUGAAGGUCCCAGGGACAUUUGAUAAUGUUGCAGCUCCUGAAGGGAAGAAUUUAGAAGAGUGGCAAAAAGAGCUUUACAAAAAAGUGAUAAAGGACAAUUAUGAAUCUUUAAUCUCACUGGGUAAAGUCUCCAAACAUGAUAUGCAGUCUAGAGAAGAGCUACGUGUCAAGGCUCAGCGGGGCUUUGAGGAAAAAGAAAUGUCUAUGAAUCCUCGCAUAGGAGCAAUAUGACCUACAAGCAUUGUGUGCAUUAUGGAUCAGGAAUGUUUUAUUCUUAGGAGAUUUCCUUUUCCCAAGCAGAUGAAAUGAAUGAUUGGAUUCUUUUUAUUCCAGUGGAUGAUGGGAUUGAGAUCAAAACUGAAGUGCAGGAUAAUGAGGAAGCUCCAGAAAAUAUGAAACUGCAUGGAUCGUUUUCAGGAAGAUCAGAAGACCUGGUUUUCCAAACUCCUGACAAGGGAAUAACUUGCGAGAGUCAUUGGAGCACAGCAACAGAGCCGUUGAAUCUUUCUGGAAGCAGAAUGGGUAACUCGACUCUUGGGAAAGGAGAUUCCAAUACAUUCAAAGAUAUCCUUUUCUACCAGGAGACACCCACAGGAGAGAGACUAUACCUAUGUACAGAAUGUAAGAAAACCUUUAAAUUGAAGAUAGGUCUUUUAAAACACAAGCGAAUUCAUGCAAAAAAGAGUCCUGUAUCAUCAUACAUAUGUACAGACUGUGGAAAAAGCUUUGGUCGCCAUGCAGAUCUUAUUAGACACCAGAGAACUCACACGGGAGAGAGACCCUAUAAAUGUACAGAAUGCGAGAAAAGCUUUACUGAGAAACCAAGACUUACUAAUCACUUACGGACUCACAACAUCUGCCUGUAAUCACUGUGGCAAAAGCUUUAUGGGAACUCAUUUUCUACUCAGUCACCAACAAAUCCAUCUGAGAAUAUGGACCAUACACAUGUACCAACUAUGGGAAAAGCUUUUGUGUAAGAAGACAUUGUAUAACACUGAAUUGGAUCUGUCAUUGUAGCUCAUCGGUUUAAACCUUGAGAAGCAACUGAAUUUAUUAGCUAUCAAAAUGAUUCAUGCAAGGGGGGAGAACGGACAUAUAAAAGUGUAUUGACUAUACCAAAAUUUUUAUUCAAAAAAGCAUAUUCUAAAAUACCAACUAACCUAUACUAGAGAGAGACUGUGUCAUUGCAGAAAACAUGGGAGAAGUUUGACAUGAGGAACCUUUGAUCACAUCACCAGAGAAUUUACGGAACAGAGCAAGAUCAUUCACAGAAUUUUAGAUAGAAAUUAGAGCUUCAAAGAGCCUUAGAUCAGUUUAAGAGAUUGGGCUUCUUGAUGUUAAAAACAGGAAAUAAAUGGUAAAGUCCAUUAAGCGCAGUCAAAUGACAGUGAGUGAAAGCACCAACGCAUGUUAGUAGUCCAAAGACAAAAUGUAGUUCAAACUUCCACAGUUUAGAGUAAUUUACAGCACAUGAGAUGCAGGCUUCAUUUUUGAGCUCCUGGAAGAGAAAACAGACAUGGGUAAUGGUCUCCUUUCUGUCGCUUCUGUGCAACAUGAAUGACGAGAGGCAAAAUUUAUGUGGGAUUAUUCUUCUCUAAACCAAAAGCAGCACUGGUUCCAAAUUCAGAGGAAGCGUCAGCAGAUGGAGAUAGGGGAAAAAAAACAGUGGAGUCAUCUGCUUAAAAACAUAAUCAAACAUAGGUCAGAAAAUCUUACCAAACCCGUGCAUCUUGUUAAAUGCCUUGCUUAAAGGUGGCCUGCAAACAAUUAAAAAACACCUGGUUUUGUGCCC